GCAAAUGGCCAACAAGGCUUCAAGAUCAAAUUCAAAGCAUAGGCCCUUGAUCCUCUCUCUCUUCAUCAUCACUUUCGCUCUCCUAAUCCUCUCAGGCUCUUUCAAUAUCACCAAAGACCACUUAAACACACCGUCGUCGCCGUCGUCGCCGUCGUCUUCUGCUCGGACGAAGCCUCACCUCCAGCAUGCCCACCUUGUCAGGAAAGAGACCAAGCUCCCCAUUUGGUACCGCCUUGUCGAAGAAGAAAUGAAGGGCAAGAAAGUCCGCGUCGGGUUCGUGAAUAUCGAUGACAUAUCUGACCCUGAGUUCGCGAUGAAAGGCCUCGCGAAGGCCGUCAAAGUGACAUUUGACCGUGUGUCCGGAAACCUCACGUGGAAAAACUUCUUUCCCACAUGGAUCAAUGAAGAUCCGAAGGGACGUAAGCCUUCAUGCCCUGAUAUACCGAUGCCAAAGUUUGAAGAUUAUCGUGAUCUCGACGUGAUUGUGGCCAAGGUUCCAUGUGAGGAUGGCGGAGACAGGAGGAGAGGUUUGAGGGAUGUGUUUAGACUGCAAGUUAACUUGGUGGUGGCUAAUUUGGCUGUCGACCGGGGGAUAAACCUGGACAUGAAUCGGAAAAUCUACGCUGUUUUCCUUGGAUCGUGUGGGCCAAUGGUUGAAAUUUUCCGGUGCGAUGAUCUGGUGAGGCAUGUGGGCGAUUACUGGGUGUAUAAGCCUGAGCAAGGGAGAUUAAAGCAGAAGGUCUUGAUGCCUGUUGGGUCUUGCCAAAUCGCUCCCGCCUAUGCUGAGAACGGAAAAGAGAGGUGGAGAGGAUACGUGUUGCAGUCGUCCCUAAGAAAGGCAAACGGCACGAUGUACCGCCCUCGGGAGGCCUAUGCGACUGUUCUUCACUCUUCAGAAGCUUAUGUCUGCGGUGCAAUAUCCUUGGCUCAAAGCAUCAGGAGGACCGGCUCGACUAAAGACCUGGUCCUUCUAGCUGAUGACUCGAUCACCAGCAAGUCCCUAGCCGGCCUACGAGCCGCUGGAUGGAAGAUUUGGCACAUCCACCGGAUCCGAUCUCCAAACGCAAAAAAGGGCGCUUACAACGAGUGGAACUUCAGCAAGUUAAGAGUGUGGCAAUUGACGCAAUACGACAAGGUAAUCUUUAUCGACGCAGAUCUACUUGUCCUCCGGAACCUCGACGAGUUCUUCGUAUAUCCACAGUUAUCGGCGGCGCCAAACAAUGGAGUGCUGUUCAACUCAGGUAUCAUGGUGAUCGAGCCAUCAAAUUGCGUUUUUGAGGACCUCAUGUCGAAAUCCUUCAAGUUGGAUUCUUACAACGGCGGUGACCAAGGAUUCCUGAACGAGUUCUUCACAUGGUGGCACCGGUGGCCGAGUAGGCUCAAUUACUUGAAGAUCUUCGAGAGGCGCAAAGACGAAGAACACACAGUCCCCGACAAUCUUUACACGAUGCAUUUCUUGGGGCUCAAGCCGUGGAUGUGUUACCGGGACUACGAUUGCAAUUGGGACAAGGAGUCUUACCAUGCUUUCGCGAGUGACUCCGCGAAUAGGUUGUGGUGGGAGGUCUACGAUUCGAUGCCGAGAAAGUUGCAGUCGUUUUGUGGGUUAACUGAGAAGAUGGACUUUAUAAUAAGAAAGUGGAGAGGCAUAGCUAAGAAGGCCAAUUUGGCUAAUGGGCACUGGAAGAUCAAUGUCACAGAUACUAGGCGCUUCAUUUCUUUGAAUAAGAAGCACAGCAAUGCAAGAAAACUAGGUAUAUAGAGUGCCAACACCAGUGGCUAUAUUUGUAUGUAGCUUAUAAGGUUUUAUAGAUCUUCAAAGGAAAAGCUUUUGACAAAGUUCAAUGAUGA